AUGAAAUUUCUUUCUAUUGCUACCAUGGCCUUAUUCGUGGUUAUGUCGGCUUCAAUCCACAUAACUGAUGAAGGUCAAAUCUUCAGUAAUGGAGCCAGACGUCCUGUUUUAAACUCUAACUUCAGGAUGUCAUGUCUACAAAAUUCAAUUUACGACGAAACUGAAAUAACAGAUUUUGCUGCAAAAGCGUAUCAAGAACUUGAACGUAGUGUCUCUAACCUGGACCGUCACAAAUUUGACCCAUUUCCCAACGAAUUGCUUUACGCUUAUCAUAUUGGACGUAGUCAGAUGUCAACUUUUGGUGAAUACCAACAUUAUAUAAUUAUCAACUUUGUAGGGAAUUUUUUUGCUGGCUUUUCAUGUUAUAAUACCAGAAAUGGAUGGGCGACCACAUUGUGUAGGUUUGUUGAGGGGACACAAUUCUAUUCUCCGGCGAGCUAUCGACGACUAUAUUUGGCGACAUUACUUAGAGUAGCCCUGAACUUGAUCAAUAUGAUCCAUAUACUUGUAGGACCUAACAGGGGAUUUUGUAGUGGAUAUUAG